CACUCACCGGGAGCUCGUCGUCGGACUCUGGACCUCAGGAACAACAACAACAACAACAUGAGCGCUUCCUGGAGAUCACAGCCCAACCUCCUCCUCGUCUGUUUAUUGCUGUCUGCAACCGGAGCUGUGUCAGAACAGUUCCAGCUAGAGCCGCUGAAUGCCACAGUGCUCCACGGUUCUGCUGUGCGAUUCAACGCCACCGUGCAAGGAGCAUGGAAAGUCAUGACCUGGAGUGUGGGAGGCCUUAUGGUAACCACUGUCUCUGACAUCGGUGAAAUCAUCUCCUUCUCAGAGCAGUUCUCUGCCAGAUUCUGCUCCAGCGGUGACACCAGCUGUGUGGAGUUCACCAUCCAGAACGUGACCCGCAGCGAGGGGGGGGGCCGUCACCUGCUCUGUGCAGGGGAACUAUGGCUCAAAGACGGCACAGCUCUACGUACAAGAGAGUGGUACCGUGAACAUCAUGGGAGGAAAUGUGACGGUGGCGCAGGACGAGCAGGUGGAGUUCCAGUGUGUAUCGUUCAAAUGGUUCCCCAUACCUACUGUCAGCUGGACCUGGAACUCUGAGGCUGUGAACAGCAGCCUGUACAACACCACCAGCAUGGCUGACGGGGAUUUCUUCAACUGCACCAGUGUCCUGAAGUUCCAGGCAGUCAGAGACACCCAGAUAGAGUGCCGGGCGACUGUGCCACUAGCCAGCCCACAAUCCAGCUCCGUCUACUUGGUGGUUGUUCCAAAGCCUACGGACUGGACCGUGCUGAUAGCUGUGGUUGUGUCCAUUGGAUCUUUUGCUCUGCUGGUUUUGCUCAUCAUUGGAAUAAUCUUCUGCUACAAAAAGAGGAAAGAAAAAAAAACCAAAUACGAAGAUGAAAUGAGCAGAAGAGUGAGGACUCAGAGCCAGAUCAGUACUGUCGGAGCGGGACAGAAUCAGGGCCAGGAGAACACAGGAUAUGUGCCAGAGGGUCAAACAAGUGUCGCUCCCACUGACCUCACUGACAGCGGCUUUUUCCCGGCAAAUGGCUCCACUUUUUCUGAGAUGCCUGAUGUUGUGAACAGUACCCACACAGGAAAUGCUUACAUCACUGUGGAUAAACCCGCCUUCAGGAAGCACAGACAUGUCACCAUUGUGUGAGGACAGGAAGACGACGAGGAGGGCAGCAAAUGUUAAAGGUCUCCUAUCAUGCAAAAUGCACUCAGAAAUAAAACCCUCUCUCUUUUCCUCCGUGCGCAAAUCUCUAAAAAUGGGGGUUCAAUGGAGCUGAUCCAGAUUUGCUGCCGAUAUGACGUAAUAUCGGAAAUGUGGACUGGCUUUACGCCCACGGCCCUAUCAGAAACAAUGCACAACGUUUUGGAAGUAAUAUGGUAUUUAUUUACAUUAGCAAGCAUCGCUAACACUCAGAGCUAACCUGUACUGGAGAGAGUAUGUGUAAAGAAGCAGGAUAUAAAAAGGAACUCACCUUGUGGUAAACUUGCAAGAGAAAAAGCAUUUGAGCUCCGUACUGUUUCAGACAUAAUCCUUGAUGUGGUUUGGAACAUGAUAUGGCGUUUAAUCAAGGCCGCAUUUACCUGAGUAUCUGCCGGUAGAAUUCUCUCGCACGAGCAGGCAUAAGCUCCGCCCUCUCUCUUUUUUCUUUUUUUAACCUUUAUACCCACUAAUCAGCACUAACAGGGCUGAAAUAGAGGCAUGGCUAGAAUGGGUGAUCUGUAUUUUUGAGUAAAACACUUCAUAGACAUGUUUUUUUAUAUAUUUGUAUAUAUCUGAGACCUAUAAUAUAUGCCUAAAAUUAGCAUGAUAGGAGACCUUUAUGCAGUUCUGGAACACACUAUUGCAGAAAGGAGUGAGGAAGGACCGGCUCCUUCUGAGUGUUUGCUGGAGUAAAGACCAUCACAUCAGCACCUGGAGCAGGGAUCGAGGCUGGACCAGCUCUACCUUUUAUGGUUGUUCUCAUUAAACUAUGUUUAUUCUAGUUUAUACUGAGCAAUAUAUUUGACUGAUGUGUUACAUAAUUCAAACAGAAUGAGCCGUACAUGUCUUAAAAUGCAAUCCUCCUUAUAUGUUAUACUCUUCUGAUCAGUGGUCUGUUUUAAAGAUUGAUGAACUAAUAAACAAGCAAUAAACCCUUUUACAUACAGCAGUUGAGGAGUGUGAGCAAAUUGAUAAUAAAUACAUCUAAAGGUAGUCUUCCCGUCUGAACUGAUGAACAUUAUUUUAUGUAAUAUUAUAUAUUUAUUUAAUUCAUAGUUCAAUUUUA